GGGCGCGCCGGGCCGCGGCGCGUGAGGCGGCUGCGGCGGGCGGCGAUGAAAUUCCCGGGCUCCGUCCUCAUCUCCCUCGUCCUCUUCGUGGCCGAGACGGCGACCGCGUUGUGCCUGAGCGGCGCGUACCGGGCGGCGGGCGACCGCAUGUGGCAGUGGCUGACGCUGCUCUUCGCCCUGCUGCCCUGCGCGCUGGUCCAGCUCAGCUUGGUCUUCAUCCACCGCGACGUGAGCCGCGACCGACCGCUGGUGCUGCUGCUGCACCUGCUGCAAUUGGGGCCGCUCGUCAGGUGUGUGGAAGUCUUCUACAUUUACUUCCAUGCCGGCAGAGUUGAAGAGCCCUAUGUCAGCAUCACGAAGAAGAGGCAGAUGCCCAAGGAUGGGUACUCAGAAGAAGUUGAGAAGGAAGUGGGCCAGGCUGAAGGCAAGCUGUGUACCCACAGGUCUGCGUUCAGCAGGGCCUCUGUGAUCCAGGCAUUCCUUGGCUCAGCGCCGCAGCUCACACUCCAGCUCUACAUCUGCGUCCUGCAGCAGGAGAUCACGGCUGCCAGAAGUAUUUUUAUGGUCCUUUCUCUUCUUUCAAUUGUAUACGGCGCCUUACGCUGCAACAUCUUGGCUAUUAAGAUUAAGUACGAUGAUUAUGAUGUCAGUGUGAAACCAGCUGCCUACCUCUGCAUAUUCAUGUGGAGAAGCUUCGAGAUUGCUACACGCGUUACAGUGUUGGUCCUUUUCAGCUCAGUCCUUCAGAUCUGGACUCUCCCUGUUGUGCUAGUGAAUUUCUUUGGUUUUUUCUUUUACCCAUGGAUUCUCUUCUGGCAAAGCAAGUCCCCAUUUCCUGAGAACAUAGAGAAGGCAUUGAGCAGGGUCGGCACUACCAUUGUCUUGUGCCUUCUUACCUUCUUGUAUGCAGGCAUUAAUAUGUUCUGCUGGUCGGCAGUACAGGUGAAGCUCAAUGAUCCUGACUUAAUUAACAAAUCCCAAAAUUGGUACCGAUUGACUGUGUAUUAUAUGCUGAGAUUCAUCGAGAAUGCAUUCCUCCUGCUGAUGUGGUACAUCUAUAGAACUGAUAUCUACUUAUAUGUCUGUGCCCCAUUGUUGGUCUUGCAGCUCCUGAUAGCUUACUGUAUGGCUAUCCUCUUCAUGUUGGUGUUCUACCAAUUCUGCCACCCAUGCAAGAAACUGUUCUCAUCCAGCAUUACCGAAGGUUUGUUGUCCUCUUUCACGUUCUGCUUUGUUUGCAAGUCUCCCAAAUCCUCCACCCUGACAGACAAGGCGGAUUUGAAAUCAUCUGAAAAUGCUGACGAAUCACAGAGCAGUAACAAGACAAUAGAUUCUCCAAAUGGGAAUCCUCAUCAAAGUGUUUCUUCCAAUGCUUAGUUCAACUGGAAGCAAGCCUGUGCCUUUGGAACGUGGCACAUCAGCUCCUGGGAAUGUUGGGCUUCAUGGAUAUUGUGUCUUGUACAUGGGAUUUCUUUCUUGCAGGUGUACACUGCAUGACAAGUGACAAGCCUACCUUUGUGGAAAACUUUAUGUUUGGGUAUGUGUACCUGACUGUGUGUAUGGACAUAGAGAGCAGUCAUUGUAGACUUCUGUUUCAGAUUUUUAUUUUUGCACAUAGGUUUAUUAUCAUGUACCUAUUUUGAAAUCAUUAUAGAAGACAUCCUUUAAAAACUAGCCUGAUUCUCAUCUAACUCAGGAAAUCUGAGGAUGCUAGGAAAUGCAUUUUAUUUCAGAAAGGAUGUCAUUAUGGCAUGUCACCGUCGCACAGACACAGAGCAUAGUCUUUGACUAUAAACUGACUAUAGCUGUGGUCUGCUUUGAUUGAAUUGGAGACUACUUUACACUCUAAUCAACGUGAUAAAAUAAUGCUUCUCUCUGUGGCAAAAGAAUUUUACUUCUACAAUGCGCAGUAGCCUGGGUUGCCAAGAAAACAGCUAAUUAGCUAAUGCUGAAGUGUGACUGUUACUGAGAGUGGACAGAGGGGUUAUUGGCUUAUGCACUAUUUUACCCUUCAUAUUUGCUGCUUGUUACUAAGGGAAUUAAAUUUAACACAGUAAGUGUAGUGUUCUGGAACAGUUCGGUGUACUGACAUCACUUAAAUACUACUUCAGAAUCUGUGAUACUCUGGUAUUAGGGUGGUGUUCACUUCACAUAGCUUGAAAUAUCUUUGAGUUUGGUCGAUAGUGUGAACUAGUCAGCUAGGUGCUCUUCAGGAAGUAUCUCCAGUGAGUGAUUCAGCCUUUCUUAAAAUGCUGGCUUAGGUAACAUGAAUCAUUCUUUGAAGACCUACUACUCUGUGUUAACCAUAUGUCUUGACAGCUGAUUUGACUAUCUGUCUCCAUUUCAGAUGGCUAAAGUUAGAAAAGACAGGUGCUCCUCUGACUGUCAGAGGGGUUGGUAGCACAUGAAGCAGGUGCUUUUGAGAUGAAGUCCUUUCUGACACUGUAUGGUGGCUGGGUUGGUAUCAGUAGCGCAAACCCUCUGGCAUCUUUUACCUCAUACGUACUACUGGCUUGAAGUCGAAAAGAAAGAAAAUGGAAGUUGUUGACUUUUUCUUCUAUGCACUAUAUCACCACAAAUGAAAGUGUUUCUGUAUUUGGCAAAUCACUGAUAAAACUUUAGCAGGUAGACAACCAAGAAGUACAAUUUAGUGGAAAUACAAAAAAAUACAACUGUAUUUAGAAAGAGUAAGUGAAAGCUUUUUGCACUUCGGUUACUUAGCACUUUGAGUUUCUUCUGUACUUGACACAUUGUGACUACUAUUGAAAAGAAAAUAAUUAAUGACUGAAAGUACCUUCUCGUGCCUCAGCUUACCUUCCAUCCUGAUGUCAUGGGGAAUGUGAAGCUCUUCAGUAGGGAUCAGAUCAACACCAUUUUAUCCGAAACGUCUCAUUGGGGUCUGAAGUCAUUUGUAAUGGGAUUUCACGUGAAGUACUGCAAAGAGCUAAGCUGUUUUUAUUUUUUUGUUUGUUUACUGCACUGUAAAUGAAUGUCUUCCUACUUCUGUUUUAUAAUGGAGUUAUGUUUUUUCUAUUUGCUUGAUGUGUGUAUGUAUGUGUGUUAUAUAAUUAAAUGAUUGGUGGGUGGUAAUGUGAGUUUCUGGUGUGAGCUUACCGUAGGAACAUAGCUGAUGGAUUUGGGGAAGGCACCAAAUAUCUCUGCUCUAGUUUCUCUCUCUGAGAAGCGUUAGAAUGGUGAAGUGAUUCCUUGAAAACAUGACAGUAUUUCUCUCUAAUGCUAUAUAUAAACGUACUGUACAGUAUUUCCAUGUGCUUUUCUAAAUUAUUUCAGAUUGUUACUAUUUUUUUAAUAGUGAGUUGAAGGAGCAAUUGAGAAUGUGGUCCCUUGCUUCCAGACUUUCAGAAUUCAGCACAUGGACAAUUUUUAGGGUGUUCCUAGCUAGAACUGAGUAUCUAAUUCAUAGAUGAUGAUUAGUGAAUUACACUCAUUGCCUAUCUAUCUGCAGAUGUACAAAGAUGUAAAAUUUUGGUCUUUGAGAACAAAGUGUUUCAUGUGUAGAAGUACUUCAGAGCUAUGAAGAGGGCUCUGAAGUCUUUAAAUGAGACUUCAGCACUGGUCGUGGUGUGAGUUUGCCAUUUGAAAAGAGUGGGAACUUCACAAACCUCAGCUAGUGAAAUGUUUAUGCUUCAGGUAAGUCAACAGAAGCAGAAUUAUGCAGCUGGGAGUUCAGUAUGUGUAUGUAGUGGGUACCAUUUAACUUCACAUACUAAUUAUGGAUGCUAACGUGUAUACAUGGUUUUAGAGAAUGUGCCAUAUUACUUCCUAUUUUUAUAGCAGUGUCCUCAACUGCAUGCAUAGAAGCCUGAAUAUUUAAAUCAUUAUGAGAAAAAGACUGUUUGUUUGGGUUAAAAUGCUGUUACAUGACUUUGCCUUAGUUGUGCAUGCCAGCCAAAUGCAGUUUAAAUACUGCAUCAACAUGAGUGCCACUGCUUUAUCUGUGCCUCAUGUCUCCUCAGCAUCAAUUGCAGAUUGACCAGCGGUAUUGCUGCUCUGUGUAUGUUCUCAUCUUGUGGUGCUGCCACUGCUGAAGGGAGAGAAAAAGAUGUUCUGUUGCAUUAAGACCAGUAUUCUACAAACAAGCUCAUGUUUCUAAAGUGUUCUAUAAUGUGAGGAAAUGCUUUUCUUUUUCUUUUUUUUCCCCAGAAUAGUGACAAUCUAGAUAGUGUUAUUAUCAUUACACUCAGUGGCUGCACUGGAAGAAGGGUAGUAUAAGCUAGGAAAGAUGUAAGUGCUUGAAUGAGUGAUGUCUUAAUGCAAGUUUACCAUUGUUUUUAAGUGUUACAGGUGUAUGUGUCACUGAAAAGGUAUAGGGCUAAUGUUAAAAACUUCAUUCACUUCAGUAGUCCUGAGUCACACAAAGGAUUGCUCGGUAAGGAUUGUUCAUAUAUAUGAGUAUGCAAGAUCUAGAACAUAGGUUUUCUUUUAUACUUGUAAAACAACACAUUAAAAUGUUGAAACACAAA